GGAGAACCUGACCCGAGCCCACCGAGAUCGAGGAUGAUGACUGGACCCACCAGUACAUGGCAGCGAGAGCAGGGGCCCCAAGCUGAGUGACGUGGACAGGACCUGAUGCUCCCAAGACCACGAGGGCCAGUCGAGAAGAUGUGACAACAGGCAGUGGCUCAGGAAGCGGGCAUGGAAGGACUCUCUCCCGAGGCCGCCCCCCGGGGCCCCGAGGCGGGAGAAACCUGGAAACAAGAGGGUCAGGGCAGGGACCGGCAGGAAAGCCAGGUAAGCUGCGUGAAGCAAGAGGCCGUGGCCCCCGGGGAAGACCCCGCCGGGGAUGGCGUGCGGGCGCAGGACGGACUCGGCGGGACCCCGGGAAGCGGAUCCAGCCCUCCCCGUACCCAAGCCGACAGCAGGCCCCCGAGGCGCGGGGCGCCGAGAAGGAACUCCAAGCAGAAGGCGGCCGACCCGGGUGAGGAGGAGGAGCGAGCGGGCGGCCCCAGGAAGCCGUGGACGUGUGGGGACUGCGGCAAGGCCUUCAGCUACUGCUCGGCAUUCACCCUGCACCAAAGAACGCACACCGGGGAGAAGCCGUUCGCGUGCGCCGACUGCGGCAAGGCCUUCAGCCAGAGCGUGCACCUGACGCUGCACCGGCGCACGCACACGGGCGAGCGGCCCUACGCGUGCCCCGAGUGCGGCAAGGCCUUCAGCCAGGGCUCCUACCUGGCGUCGCACUGGCGCACGCACACGGGCGAGCGGCCGCACCGCUGCGCCGACUGUGGCAAGGCCUUCGCGCGCCCCACGCACCUGGCGCAGCACCGGCGCGUGCACACGGGCGAGCGGCCGUACGCGUGCGGCCAGUGCGCCAAGGCCUUCCGCAACCGCUCGUCCUUGCUGGAGCACCAGCGCAUCCACACGGGCGAGAAGCCGUACGCGUGCGCGCAGUGCGACAAGGCCUUCCGCUUCUCCUCGGCGCUCGUCCGCCACCAGCGCACCCACACUGCCGAGCGGCCGUACGCCUGCGGCCAGUGCGCCAAGGCCUUCACGCAGAUCGCGCACCUGGCGCAGCACCGGCGCGUGCACACGGGCGAGAAGCCCUACACCUGCCCCGAGUGCGGCGCGCCCUUCAGCCAGAGCGCCUCGCUCGCCGAGCACCGGCGCAUCCACACGGGCGAGAAGCCGUACGCGUGCGCGCAGUGCGGCAAGGCCUUCACGCAGGUGUCGCACCUGAGCCAGCACCGGCGCGUGCACACGGGCGAGCGGCCCUACGCGUGCCAGGACUGCGGCCGCGCGUUCAGCAACCGCUCGCACCUCGUGCAGCACCACCUCGUGCACACGGGCGCCAAGCCCUACAAGUGCCUGGAGUGCGGGGUGGCCUUCAGCCACGUGUCCUCCCUCAUCGAGCAUCAGAAGAUCCACACGGGCGAGCGGCCCUACGCGUGCCCCGAGUGCGGCAAGGCCUUCAGCCAGGGCUCCUCGCUCACGCUGCACCAGCGCACGCACACGGGCGAGCGGCCCUACGCGUGCCCCGAGUGCGGCAAGGCCUUCCGCAACCGCUCCUACCUGAUCCAGCACCACAUCGUGCACACCGGGGAGAAGCCCUUCGAGUGCGGCGGCUGUGGCAAGGCCUUCAGCUUCUCCUCCGCGCUCAUCCGACACCAGCGAACGCACGCCGACAAGAGGCCCUACUCGUGCAGCCGGUGCGGCGACACCUUCACGCAGCUGCAGCACCUGACGCGACACCUGGGCUCCCACCGGGAGGAGAAGCCGGUAGGCAGCCGCGAGCCUGCAGACUUGGCCCCUGGCCUGCGGGAGGAUGAGAGCUGACGUUCAACAGGGAAGUCUUCCGUAGCCGGGCAGCGCGCCCAGCGCUUUCACACCUCACUUCUUGCCUCGCGGCGCUGAGGGGAGAGCCCCUGGCCUCCCGGUGCUGCCCGCGAAGAACCCACGGCUCAGAGAAGCUCGGUGACGCGCCCAGGGUCCCACGGGGAGGAAGUCCCCGGGCCGGGACUCGACCCCACGUCUGCCAGACUGCACGCCCCCUUCCCCCCACGCACACCCCCUGCCUCCCGGUGCAGAAUUAUAAAUGUGACCCACAACAGUAGCCCCAAAGAAGUGUCUGUGCGUCUCUAGCGAGCCUUGUAAUGGUUGAAGGUUUUAUGACAGUAGGUAUUUGUUCAAUAAAUUUAAUCGGAUAAAAGGUUCGGCUCCUUUGGUGAAGUGGGUAUAUUGACUAAGGGAGCGAGGCCUGAAGGAGAAGUGUAG